AGGAGCUGCUGAGAUGAUUGUGUGCUCCAUCCUUCUCUUGUUGUUCUGCAAAAACCAUGUUAAUCUUGCAGACGUCUUCAUGCAGCCUCAUCGGUCAGUGAGAGCCCAGCUGGGAGGUUCGGUAAUCUUGGAGUGCCACAUGCCGACACAUUCUCAUUACACCUACAUUUGGAUUAAACUCACUCCGAGAAAAGCACCUGACACCAUUGCAUUUUGGUCAAAACGUUACAAUGAGUAUGUUGCUGUUAAAGAAAAUGAGAAUGUAAAAUAUGAGGUGAUGAACAGCAGCAGCUCCUUCAAUCUGUCUAUUACACAUCUUGACGCUUCAGCUUUGGGGACGUAUUACUGUGGAGUGGUGAUGCAUCGAGCUGUUCUUCUUGGUAAUGGCACUGAGGUCUGCCUAACAGGUCAUGAAACAGUUAGAGGAAUUUUUCAGCCUCCUGUUUUGAAACCAGUCCAGUAUGGAGACAACGUGACUUUGGAGUGUAUAAUAAACAGAGGAGUGUUUGGAGAUGCACAUCAGGUAUUCUGGAUUCAUCGCACUAUCAGAGGUUCCUAUCAGACUAUAAGAAGCACUCAUGAAAAGAGGAAAUGUGUCAUUGAGUCUGAGGAGUGCGUCUACAGCCUUCUAAAGAACAAUUUCAGCUUCCAAGAUGUCGGCACUUAUUACUGCGCUUUUGUGACGUGUGGAGAAGUCAUUCUAGGAAAUGGAACAGAAUUUCCAGUUGAAGACAAUGAACUAGAACUUGACCCCAUUGUCCUGGUCCUGGGUAUGAGCAACGUUCUCCUUGUGAUUUUGCUUGUUGCGUGUUUGACAAAGAAGACCGGAAAUGGCUGUCAACAUAAAAGGGAUGGUGAAGAGAACGUUGGCGAAACAUUUGAAAAUGACGAGCAGGGCAGGGCUCGGGCUGAUGGAGUAAAUUAUGCUGCCUUGGAUUUUGGGAAAAGAAAAACCAAAAACAGAGAAAUAAAGAGAGUCUUGGGAAUGGAAACGACUUAUUCAAGUGUUGUUUACAACAGUCACAGUGUCAUUACAAAGGAAUGAGAGGAAGACGCCAAGUACAAAUAAGUCAAGAGUAUUCAUGUAUAAUAAAGACAUAUCACAUCACAAUAAGCCUCACAUUUAGAAGAGGCAUGUCAGUGUAAUUUUCUUAUGUCAAGUUUUCGUUAAAUUUGUUCAUUUAUUUACUUUCUGACCUGCCUACCAUAGUGAAGACAACAAAGUUAAAAACCACCCAGCAAACACCCACUUUGACAGAAUAAUC